AUGUCUCUUGCCAAGCAGAACUUCUCUUCCGCCUCCGAGGAGGCCAUCAACCACCAGAUCAGCCAAGAACUCCAGGCUUCCCAGGUCUACCUCUCCCUCUCCGCCUGGGCUGGCCACGUCAGCCAGGCCCUCCCCGGUCUCGAGAAGUUCUUCCGCGAGUCUGCCGAGGAGGAGCGUGAGCACGCUCAAAAGUUGAUCAACUACCAGAACCGUCGUGGUGGCAAGGUCGUCCUCCAGACCCUCCAGGCCCCUGAGUCUGAUUGGACCUCUGCCCGCAACGCCAUUGAGUCCACCCUCCAGCUCGAGAAGGAUGUCAACAAGUCCCUCUUGAACCUCCACAAGGUCGGCGAGGAGAACAACGACCCCCAGCUCUGCGACUUUAUUGAGUCCGAGUACCUCGAGGAGCAGGUCGAGGCCAUCAAGAAGAUCGCCGACCUCGUCACCCAGCUCAACCGCGUCGGUGGUGAUGGUCUUGGUUUGUACCUCUGGGACCAAGAGUUGUUGAAGAACAGCUCCCACUAA